UGUGCUAUUUAAAUUUCAGUAUUAGAAUAGUUUAAAUUUAUUAUUUGGGUAGCUGAAUUUCUUUUCCGUAUGAGUUAAUUGGUCUUUGGUUUUCGUUUGUUUUUCUUACUUCUAUUUCUUGUUUAAAUUCGGCAUUAUUCAAUUCAAUCUUUGUUAGUAAGCUUGGGUUAGCUGCCCGCAGGGGCAUGGUUGAGUGGUUGGGAGGUGGAUCUCCCAUGUGGGAGACCUGGGAUCGAAUCCAGCCCCCAUCUAUCACUCAUCCAUAGCUCAUCGCAUGGGGCUUGCCUAGUGCAGUUUACGUCGUAGUUUGUGAGCUAUUGCACAGUGAGCAAGUUACCACAAAGUGCUCACCCGAAUGGAAGAAGUUGUGGGUUUCCAGAAAAGAAAGAACUUGGGUUAGCUUUUUUAUUGGUUUUCAACGGUUCUUCAAUCUUUCCUGUCCUUUCUUCCAAUGGCUUCUAGAUCUCACAGAGGAGGUGAUUUCUACAGUGCUGCUUCCUACAGAUGCAGUGAUGGAUUGAGUACGAGGCAAGUAGGUGGUUCAGAUGAAAUACAGUUGCGGAUUGAUCCGAUGCACGGAGACCUAGAUGACGAGAUCACAGGUCUUCGCAAGCAAGUAAAACAACUCAGAAAUGUAGCACAAGAAAUUGAGUCGGAAGCAAAGUAUCAGAAUGAUUUUAUUAACCAACUGCAAAUGACAUUGAUCAAAGCUCAAGCAGGAAUAAAGAAUAACAUGAGACGGUUGAACAGGAGUAUCAUCCAGGAAGGGUCAAACCAUGUGAUGCAUGUGGUUCUUUUUGCACUAUUGUGCUUCUUUGUGAUAUAUUGGCUGGCCAAGUUUUCACGGAGAUAAGGGCAAACCCCUGUCUAUCUAUGCUGAUUUGCUGAUCCUGCCAAAGUUCUGUUGACGGCAAUCUUUUCAAGCCAUGAAACAAAUGCUAAGCAGUGAUAGGUUUUUAGUGAUUGGGGGAGCAAGGGAACUCCAAAUAUUAGUCUUAUGUAAAGUUUCCCAAUCUGUAGAAAAGCAUUGUGGUAACAAAAAUCAUAUGGCAAAAAAAAUCUUAGUGAAGAGAGAGAUUAUAAAUUUUAUGAUACGUAUUGUUUGCUAUCUCAUUAAAAACCUUGAUGGAAUAGAAUCUCGGCUAAGAGAAAAAGCGUACAAUACAUAUUUUACGCUCGUUGAAAAUAUCAUUUGAUACUCUAAAGAUGACAUGUUCGAAUGUUGUAUAUCAGCUUUUUGAA